UCCCCUCUCCCUCCAACCAUUGAGCUCGACCAAACCAUCCAAGGGGGAGAGAAAGAGCUUCAAACUCACCUCCAUUGCUGCAAAUUUGAGCUCAAGCUUUAGUGCUCAAAGGAAGAAGAUUAAAGAGGGAAAAAGUUGGGAAAAGUGUGAACAAUUAAGGCACUUGUAAGGGGUAUUUCAAGUGAUUUCACAAAGUUGGAAAAGUCGCCGGAGUUGUCGCCGGAGUUGACCAAAAGUCGCCGGAGUUUCACCGGAGUUCAACCAAGAAGGGUAGAACUUCAUAACGCUAGUUUCAAGGUUGAAGCUAUUAUGGAUUGGGAGAGACCCAAGAAUGUGAAAGAGAUACGUAGUUUCCUUGGCUUAGCGGGAUACUAUCGUAAAUUUGUUGAAAAAUUCUCCGUAUUGGCGUCUCCAUUAACGAAGCUCACAAAGAAAGGGGCCAAGUUCAUAUGGGAUGACAAGUGUGAGAAAGGGUUCCUUGAACUAAAGAAACGACUUACCGAAGCACCGGUCCUCGCCCUACCCAUACAGGGGAUAGGGUACGAUAUAUACAGCGAUGCUAGCAUCCAAGGGCUUGGAUGUGUACUGAUGCAAAACGGUAAAGUGAUUGCCUAUGCUUCUAGGCAAUUGAGGAAACACGAGGUGAACUACCCUACCCAUGAUCUAGAGUUGGGGGCGGUAGUGUUUGCACUAAAAAUUUGGAGACAUUAUCUCUACGGGGAGACAUGUCACAUUUAUACAGAUCAUAAGAGCUUGAAGUAUGUAUUCACUCAGAAAGAGUUGAAUAUGAGGCAGAUGAGAUGGAUGGAGUUGAUCAAAGACUAUGAGCUUGUGUAAAUAUUAUUUCUUUUACUAAUUAAAAUUUUUAAAUCUUCUAGCUUAUUAUAUUUAUCCUUCCUUUUUCAUAUUGAAAUAGGUCUUCAUGUGUUCAAUUUAUAUACUAUGUAUAUCACUCCCGCCAAUUAUCUAAAUGGUUAUAAUGUGAUCGUCGUCGUUAAAAU